ACGCGGGGGGCUUGUCUCACCAACUCCUCCACUAGUUGCUCGGAUUGGGCGAGAGGGGCUGGGUAUUUGGGGUAGUACCAAGGAUGGAGAGAUGGGGAAGGGGUAGGAGGGCGGCGGGAACCCGGGGACGCGCCGGGCGCUCUGGCCCCACGCUGGGGCCGGAGAUAAGGGCGUGCGGGGCCGCCCUCCCCCGGCACUGCCGCCCUGCGCCCGAGAGAUAACCUCAGCUGGUGGUGCGCGGCCGCCCGGCGAGGGCUGCGGAGGCUGCCUUGCGGAUUAGGGGAGAGGGUCGGGGUCGGCGCCAGGGCCGGGAGUGAAUCCGAGCUGAGAGUUUGAGAAGCCAGAGCGGGCACAGAGCCACCCCGAUCGCCUCGCACCCGGCAGAAAGCGCUCUGAUUUCCUGAUGUGCCGCGACUCUGAUUUCCUCGCAGGACGGAAUAAAUGAGAAAGGUGGAAAAUUACCCCGGCCGCUCCCUCCCUCCCCACCCCCUCCGCCGGCGGUUUCCCCCUCUCCGGCCCGGGAGCCGAGCGAGGCCGACAACAGCCCUGCGCCGGGCCCUGCCGGGGCGGUCACCGCGCCCCCCGCGCCCCCCGCCCCCGCUCCGGGCUGGCCCCUCUCGCCGGGGGCAGAACCGCCCGCCGCCGGCCGCUUUGCCGCCGGGCAAGUCGCGCGGCAGCCGGGGGCGGGGUCGCGACGGGGCCGGGCAGUGCCGCCUCCUCCAUGUCUUGUGGGUCCCGCCCUCGCGGCGGCAGAACGUAUAUAAAGCCGGCGGCGCGGCCGGAGCGCAGCGUUGGCUGAGCCGGUCUCCCGUGUCUGACGACUCCUCGUGCUCCCUCUGUGUGGUGAUGACGGUGAAAACCGAGGCUGCUAGGGACACCCUCACUUACUCCAGGAUGAGGGGCAUGGUGGCAAUUCUCAUCGCUUUCAUGAAACAGAGAAGGAUGGGCCUGAACGACUUUAUUCAGAAGAUUGCCAAUAACUCCUAUGCAUGCAAACACCCUGAAGUUCAGUCCAUUUUGAAAAUCUCCCAACCUCAGGAGCCUGAGCUCAUGAAUGCCAACCCUUCUCCUCCACCAAGUCCUUCUCAGCAAAUUAACCUGGGCCCAUCAUCCAAUCCUCAUGCUAAACCAUCUGACUUUCACUUCUUGAAAGUGAUCGGGAAGGGCAGUUUUGGAAAGGUUCUCCUGGCAAGACACAAAGCCGAAGAAGCAUUCUAUGCAGUCAAAGUUUUACAAAAGAAAGCGAUCCUGAAAAAGAAGGAGGAAAAGCAUAUUAUGUCGGAGCGGAAUGUCCUCCUGAAGAACGUGAAACACCCUUUUCUGGUGGGCCUUCACUUCUCUUUCCAGACGGCUGAUAAACUGUACUUUGUCCUAGACUACAUUAACGGUGGAGAGUUGUUCUACCAUCUCCAGAGGGAGCGAUGCUUCCUGGAACCACGGGCUCGGUUCUAUGCUGCUGAAAUAGCCAGUGCCUUGGGUUACCUGCACUCCCUGAACAUCGUUUAUAGAGACUUAAAGCCAGAGAAUAUCUUGCUGGAUUCACAGGGACACAUUGUCCUUACUGACUUCGGACUCUGCAAGGAGAACAUUGAACACAAUGGCACGACGUCUACCUUCUGCGGCACACCCGAGUAUCUUGCACCUGAGGUGCUUCAUAAGCAGCCUUAUGAUAGGACCGUGGACUGGUGGUGUCUGGGGGCCGUCUUAUAUGAGAUGCUGUAUGGCCUGCCUCCCUUUUAUAGCCGAAACACAGCUGAGAUGUACGACAACAUUCUGAACAAACCCCUCCAGCUGAAGCCAAAUAUUACAAAUUCUGCAAGACACGUCCUGGAGGGCCUCCUGCAGAAGGACAGGACAAAGAGGCUUGGUGCCAAGGAUGACUUUAUGGAGAUUAAGAAUCACGUCUUCUUCUCCCUAAUUAACUGGGAUGAUCUCAUUAAUAAGAAGAUUACUCCCCCUUUUAACCCAAAUGUGAGUGGGCCCAGCGACCUGCGGCACUUUGAUCCCGAGUUUACCGAAGAGCCGGUCCCCAACUCCAUCGGUCGGUCGCCCGACAGCAUCCUCCUCACAGCCAGCGUCAAGGAAGCGGCCGAGGCCUUCCUGGGCUUUUCCUACGCACCUCCCGUGGACUCCUUCCUCUGAAUGGUCUUAGGGUUGGUCGCGAAGGAUUUUUACGGGCGUUUUUGAAAUGUUUCAGUUAGCCUUUUGGCAGAGCUGCCAGCUGACAGGACAUCUUAGAAGAGAAUUUGCACAUCCCUGGAAGCUUGCACAUCUUGGCAAUCUUAUUGCACACUGUUCGCUGGAAGCUUUUCGAAGAGCACAUCCUCCCCGGUGAGCUCGUGGGGUUUUCCUUAUUCUUCCUUCCAAUGUGGUGCUAUCUCUGAAGUGAGCAGUAGAGGGCCGUCCCAGACAGGUGCAGUGGUCUCAUUCGAAGGAGGACGCUUGUUCUGAGAAGGAGCUUCUGAAGGUCUGUCCCGGGCCGUGAUGUAACGAAUCUUAUGAAACGUGCCUUUUCUGAUGAGAUCGUGUUAGCUCCAAAGUUCUUCCUGUUGCCGUGUGUUUCCAUUCUGUUUUUCCUUGUGGACUUCCUGUGUGAUGAUCAGCCGUAUGAGUGUGGUAUGCUUGCUCACAGAAGGACUCAGUUAUAAGCAUCAAUGUGACACUUGCAGGACACUACAACGUGGGACAUUGUUUGUUUCUUCCAUAUUUGGAAGAUAAAUUUAUGUGUAGGCUGUUUUUUUUGUGUGUGAGAUAUAGUUAAUAACUAAAAUUUAUCGAAAAUGGUCUUGCAAUGACUUGUAUCCAGAUGCUUAAAGAAGCAUUUGCUGCUACAAAUAUUUCUAUUUUUAGAAAAGGUUUUUAUGGACCAAUGCCCCAGUUGUCAGUCAGAGCCUGGUGUUUUCAUUGUUUAAAAUAUCACCUGUAAAAUGGGCAUUAUUUAUGUUUCUGUUUUUUUUGUUUCUUUUUUGCAUUCCUGAUAAUUAUAUGUAUUGUAUAAAGAAAGUCUGUACAUUGGGUUAUAACACUAGUAUAUUUAAACUUACAGGCUUGUUUGUAAUGUAAACCACCAUUUUAAUGUACUGUAAUUAACAUGGUUAUAAUAAUGUACAAUUCUUUCCCCCCUCCCUACCACACACCUUUUUGUGUGUGUGAUAAACCAACUUUGGUUUGCAAUAAAACCUUGAAAAAUAUUUGCA